AUGUGGGCCGGACUGCUCCUCCGGGCCGCCUGCGUCGCGCUCCUGCUGCCGGGCAUCCCGGCCCGCGGCUAUACCGGGAGGAAGACGCUGGGGCACUUCGGGGCCGAGAGACGCCGGCUGGGCCCCCACGUCUGCCUCUCGGGGUUCGGGAGUGGCUGCUGCCCUGGCUGGGCGCCCUCCAUGGGCAGUGGGCACUGCACCCUUCCCCUCUGCUCCUUUGGCUGUGGGAGUGGCAUCUGCAUCGCUCCCAAUGUCUGCUCCUGCCAGGACGGAGAGCAAGGGCCCACCUGCCCAGAAGCCCACGGAGCCUGUGGGGAAUACGGCUGUGACCUCACCUGUAACCACGGUGGCUGUCAGGAGGUGGCCCGAGUGUGCCCCGUGGGCUUCUCCAUGACCGAGACAGCGGUCGGCAUCAGGUGUACCGACAUCGAUGAAUGUUUAAGCUCCUCUUGUGAGGGCCACUGCGUGAACACGGAAGGCGGGUUCGUGUGCGAGUGUGGGCCGGGCAUGCAGCUGUCUGCGGACCGCCACAGCUGCCAAGACACUGAUGAAUGCCUUGGGAGCCCCUGCCAGCAGAGAUGUAAAAACAGCAUUGGCAGCUACAGGUGCUCCUGUAGAACUGGCUUCCAUCUCCAUGGCAACAGGCACUCCUGUGUAGAUGUAAACGAGUGUCGGAGGCCCCUGGAGAGGAGAGUCUGUCACCAUUCCUGCCACAACACCGUGGGCAGCUUCCUGUGCACCUGCCGACCUGGCUUCAGGCUCCGUGCUGACCGAGUGUCCUGCGAAGCUUUCCCCAAAGCCGUGCUGGCCCCAUCUGCCAUCCUGCAGCCUCUGCAGCACCCUCCUAAGAUGCUGCUGCUGCUUCCAGAGGCAGGCCGGCCCGCCCUCUCCCCCGGGCACAGCCCUCCUUCCGGGGCUCCGGGGCCCCCGACUGGAGUCAGGAGCACACGACCACCACCUCCCACGCCUGCACUGCCCACAUCCUCCCCUUCUGCCCCGACGCCGCUGCUGUCCACCCCGGUGGCCACCCCCGUGCCGCAUCCCUCUCUGCUGGGAACCCUCAGACCUCCCGCACAACUCCAUGAGAAGACGGCGGUGACCCCUCCCUUGCCCAGGGGCCCUGAGACCACACGGCUGGCACCAGGACCUUCUGCCUGUUGGCACCUGGGGGCCACGUAUGAGUCAGGGAGCCGCUGGACAGAGCCUAGCUGUUCCCAGUGCUGGUGUGAGGAUGGGGAGGUGACCUGUGAAAAGGUGACGUGUGAAGCUGCUUGCUCCCACCCGAUUCCCUCCAGAGAUGGAGGGUGCUGCCCAUCAUGUACAGGUUGUUUUCACAGUGGCGUCGUCCGGGCUGAAGGGGACGUUUUUUCACCUCCCAACCAGAACUGCACCGUCUGUGUCUGUCUGGCUGGAAACGUGUCCUGCAUCUCCCCCGAGUGUCCCCCCGACCCCUGCCAGGCCUCCCCGAAGUCGGACUGCUGUACUUGUGUCCCAGUGAGAUGCCAUUUCCACGGCCGGUGGUAUGCAGACGGGGCUGUGUUCAGUGGGGGUGGUGAUGAGUGUACCACCUGUGUCUGCCAGAAUGGGGAGGUGGAAUGUUCCUUCACGCCAUGUCCGGAACUGGACUGCCCCCGCGAGGAGUGGUGGCUGGGCCCCGGGCAGUGCUGCUAUGCCUGCAGGGAACCCAUGCCCAUGACAGGCUGCUCUCUCGAUGACAACGGGGUUGAGUUUCCGGUUGGACAGAUCUGGUCUCCCGGUGAUCCCUGUGAGUUAUGCAUCUGCCAGGCAGAUGGCUCAGUGAGCUGUAAGAGGACAGACUGUGUGGACUCCUGCCCUCAGGCCUUGCGAGUUUUCUGUGUCCUGCAGCUGGGCUCCGUGGCCUGCUCGCCCGUGGACUGCCCCAUCGCCUGCUCCUACCCUUUCCACCCUGAUGGCGAGUGCUGUCCCGUGUGCCAAGACUGCAACUACGAGGGGAGGAAGGUGGGGAACGGCCAGGUGUUCACCUUGGACGAUGAGCCCUGUACCCAGUGCGUAUGCCAGCUGGGAGAGGUUACCUGCGAGAAGGUGUCCUGCCAGCAGGCCUGCUGGGACCGCACCAUGCCCCGCAGGGACUGCUGUGCCUCCUGUCCAGAGUCCCUGGAGGAGAGCCGGGCACUCUCCCCUCGUGGAGACGUGGAGCUCAGCAAAGCAGCCCGGAGCCCCCGUGGAGACCCCGAGGCCCCCGUCAACUGCAGCUCCUGCCCAGGGCCCCCAGCGGUGCCCCCUCAGAGGCCAGCGCUCCAGCUCCUCCAGCUGCUCCUGAGAACGAACCUGUCUAACACCCAGACUUUUCCCUUGAGCCCCUCAGGAGCCCAGGCCUCACCCUCACCGUCUUCGAGGCCAGGGGUGUCCGGGGCCUCCCAGCCUCCUCAGCCCUCAUCGGGGCCUCCGAUCCCCCCAGGAGCCUCCUCUCUACCUCCAGCCUCUCCCAGGGCUCCCGGAUCUUCUCCUUUGACUCCAGCGCUCCCGUCCUCCGCCUCUGGGGCCCACUCAGUGUCCAGACGGCCUUCUCUGCCUGCCGCCGCCCCGCGUGGAGCCUCAGCCCUUUCCACGACGGGCCCCGGUGCCUCAGAGACCCCCGUCACUGUCCUCAGGCCUCGCAGGUCCUCUCCAGGCACCUCCAGACUCUCUGCAGCCCUCGCGGCCACGGCCAGCCCCGGCCCCCGGCAGCCCACCCUGGGGACCUCACAGGAGGAGGAGUCCAUGGUGUAAGCAGGCCUCCGCUUCAGGGUCAUGCCUGGGACACGUGGGACAGAGAGGACUCUGCCGGCGGCCCUGGGAGCUUGCAGGGCCGCUCUGGGGACCAACGAGGCUGCUGAUCCCGCAGGACUCCUGGUGGCGCUGGAAAAUGCUCAGGGCCUGAUGUAGCCUUGUUCCCAGGAAGCAUUUGGGAUGUGUUGUGAGAAUCCAGCAAUGUGCUCUCCAUGGUCAGCCUCCUGCCUGGGCCACGGCCCGCCUGUCUUUUGAGAGGGGCUGGGCAGCUGAGUCCUUGCUCUGCAGGAGGAGGAGAGUCCAAAGGGCCUGGGAUUCCACUGGGACUGUGCUACCAGGCGCCACGUGUCCUCACCUGGGGUUUCCUGAUUAAAAUCUGUCUG